AUGUCAUCUUCAACCCUGUCUUCGUUACUUCGCCCGGCUCCCCUAUUCUCCAUCGCUGCCAUCCUCCGUCUCGUUCUUCUUCUCUACGGCACCUGGCAAGACGCCCACUCUGCCGUCAAAUACACGGAUAUCGACUACCUCGUCUUCACUGAUGCCGCGCGCUACGUAUCCAAUGGCCUCAGUCCGUAUUCCAGAGAGACAUACCGGUACACGCCCCUCCUGGCAUGGAUGCUAGUUCCCACCGCCAAGGCUCAUCUCUUCUCCUUUGGCAAGGUCGUGUUUGCUCUGGCAGACCUGCUUGCCGGAUGGCUGAUUGUCAGGGUGCUGAGGAAGCAGAGGGGCAUGAGCGCCGAGAGAGCCGGUGCAUUUGCCGCCAUAUGGCUUUGGAACCCCAUGGUGGCGACCAUUAGCACCAGAGGCAGCUCCGAGGGUUUGCUGGGCGUUUUGACAAUGGCCUUGUUGUGGGCUGUGGAAGGCAAGAGGAUUGGAGUGGCAGGCUUCAUCUUGGGGUUGAGCGUUCAUUUCAAGAUUUACCCCUUUAUUUAUGCGCCCGCGAUUAUCUGGUGGAUGGAUGAUGAGCAUCUGAGCAAGGCGGUAUCUAAAACGCCAACCUCAUUUGCCGGCGCUGUAAUCAAGUUCCUCUCCCCUCAGAGGAUACAACUCACGCUCAUCAGCUUAUCGACCUUUAUGGGACUCAACGUCCUCAUGUAUUAUAUUUAUGGCACCCCUUUCCUCAUCCACUCUUACUUGCACCACGUCACUCGCAUUGAUCACCGCCACAACUUCUCGCCUUAUAACAUCUUCCUCUAUCUCGCAUCCGCCGACCCAUCGUCCAGCUCCCUCCAUGCAUUCCUCCCCCAAUUGCUCCUCUCAUGCCUCUUUAUCCCCUUUGUCAUUGCCAAAAAGGAUCUUGCCACGUCCAUGAUGGCCCAGACUUUUGCCUUUGUCACCUUUAACAAAGUCUGCACCUCACAGUAUUUCCUAUGGUACAUGAUCUUCCUACCUCUCUACCUUCCUGGAUCAUCCAUGCUUCGUGCCCCUAGUCGCGGCAUCACGGCGUUGUUGCUUUGGGUUCUGGGUCAGGCCGCUUGGCUGCAGCAAGGGUAUGAGCUAGAAUUUCUAGGUAUCAGCACCUUCUUCCCUGGCAUGUGGCUGGCCUCGCUGGCCUUUUUCCUCGUCAAUUGCUGGAUAUUGGGCAUAAUUAUCAGCGACGGGGCAGAGAGGAGCAUUCAAAAGGUGCAUGUGAUGUAG